AAGAUGUGGAGCCUUGACAACCUGCUGGUUACCCUGUGCAUUUCUCUGAGCUGUGUGAGCAGUGCAGCAGGGUUGAUCCAUGUGUUUGGAUAUGAAGGGAGAGACGUUAAUGUUGCUUGUCCCUAUGGAGAGGGAUAUGAGUCUUAUGAGAAGUACCUGUGCAGGAAUGACUGUGGCAACGAUGAUGUUCUCAUUACAACGACAGGAGCACCAAAGAACAAAUACUCUAUCCACGAUGACCAAAAGAAACGAGUCUUCACAGCGACCAUCUCUGAUCUUAAGUUUAUGGAUGCUGGCAAAUACUGGUGUGGGGUGACUAUAACUGGUUACGAUAUCUACCCUGCUGAAGUAAAAGUGGAAGUUAAACAAGACACCUGCUGUGACCGAUCCACCAAAGUCCAAGGUUAUGAGACAGGUUCAGUGUCCUUCAGUUGUCCGUAUGACUCUAAGUACCUGAACAACAUAAAGUACAUCUGCAGAGGAAACCAGCCCUCCACAUGUCUGCAGCAGGCUUUAAUCACCUCUGAUCACAAACCAAACAGACAGUUCACACUGACUGAUGAUACAGCUUCAAGGAAAUUCACAGUGACUAUCACUGGUGUGACCCAAAGGGAUUCUGGGUCGUACCUUUGUGGUGUCCAUAGAAACACUGGCCUGGAUGUUUUCUCUGCUGUUGAGCUGGAAGUCAAUGAGUGGUGCUGUGUGAAAUCAAGCAAACUGAGCGGCAUUGUGGGACAUCCAGUAACCAUGCAGUGUCCCUAUCCACCACAACACAAGAAUAACAGGAAGUUCCUCUGUAAGGGAGACCAUCACAUCAGCUGUACAGACAUGGUGACGAGUCAAACCAGGUUCACGCUGCAAGAUGACGUCUCUUCCAGCUCUUUCUUGGUGAUGAUCACAGAGCUGAAAGCAGGUGAUGCUGGGACAUACUGGUGUGGUUCAGACUCACAGUGGACUACUGCUAACUACACCAAGAUUCAUCUGUCAGUAGACACACCACAGACCAACAGUGUGACGUCAACCAUCACUGUGGAGGAAUCUGCCAGAUCGCCAUCAAUGCAUAUCCCUGGUAAAGAUGUCAUGGAUGCAACACUCUUUCACUCUGUGGUUUUCAUUGUGCCCGCUGUGCUGCUCAUACUGGUGAUUGCUCUGGUUGUAGUUUAUAAAUACAAAUGUCACAAAGUGCGAGGAGAUGAAGCUGUCAUCAUGAACAGAAACAAAACCAAGGCAGCAGAGGCAGAGGACGUGAUCGAUCUCCCAGAUAUUUAUGAAAAUCAGGAAGUUGUUGUUGUGCACUCAGAGCACGGGACCUCCAAACCGCAGAAGACCUGUGAUGAUAAGCUUCUGUUAAGCAUUACAUCUCCCAGGUCAGUGCUGUCCUCGUCAAGUUGUUCCUGGUCAAUGUUUGCAUGGAGUCCACCACAGACCAGCACUGUGACCUCAAUCAUCACUGUGGAGGAAACUGUCUGAUCGCCAUAUCAAACAUAUCAAGGAUGCAACACUCUUUCAUUCUGUGGUUUUCAUUGUGCCCGCUGUGCUACUCAUACUGGAGAUGAAGCUGUCAACAUGAACAGAAACAAAACCAAGGCAGCAGAGGCAGAGGACGUGAUCGAUCUCCCAGAUAUUUAUGAAAAUCAGGAAGUUGUUGUUGUGCACUCAGAGCACGGGACCUCCAAACCGCAGAAGACC